GGGGUGUGGUCAAGCAUGCUCCUAGCCAAUGAGCGCCAGCGCCUGGCCGCGGCCAAUCGGAAGGCAGCGCGGGCUGCAGAGCCGGUGUUCCAGACGCUAUGCCGGGCUCGCCGGCUAGGGGUGCUGCCAUGGGUGGUGGGCCCCGGGGCCUCCGAAAAACUUGGACCGAGCUGCUGGGUAGAAGAGCCACAGUGUAAAAGGUUGCGUCUCAGUGAGCUGAUCGACCGCGACAGUGCUGACGCUUCCUCCGACCGGUCUGCUUCCUUCAUCCGCUCUGCUUUCCGGGAUCAGGCCUCGAGGCUGGGAGUUCCUGUGGGGGUGCUAUCUGCCAAAGUGUUUGCUCGCAGUGUGCAGCAGGUCUGCGUGGAGCCCAGCCACCCCGUGCUGCUCAGCCCGGAACAAAGUAAGAAGCUGUCUUCCUUACUAAUGAUUGCCCGGCAUUUGUUGGCACAAAAUAUGUUCUCCCGUCUCACCUUCUGUCAGGAAUUAUGGAAAGCACAGAACUCUUUGUUGCUGGAAGCUAUGUGGCGUCUUCACACGCACAGCGUCGUGAGCCUACAGGAGCUACUGCAGAGCCAUCCUGACUCGGAAGCCAUGGCCAUGUGGCUCUUCAGGAACCUACGAUCUCUGUGUGAGCAGAUAGGUGCAUCCUGCCCAUCCCCAGAUACUACGGAAGCCAUGCUCUCUGGUCUUGUGCAACUGUUAAUUUCAAGGGGGUUUCAGGGAAGCUCAGACCCAAGAAGACUUGUAGAGCCCGAAAGGCUGCCCCAGGUUGCCACUGAUGUACUGCAGAGGAUGCUGGCUUUUUCACUUGAUACCCUGGAGGCUGAUCCACAGACGACUUUGGAUUGCCAGGCAGUGAGUGGCUGGAUUCCUAUCUACUCCGGACAUACGUGCUGUGGUGUGGUAACAGAGAAUUCUCUGAAGAGCUUCUUCAGUCACACGCUAACUCAGAUUCUGACUCACAAGCCCGUGCUGAAAGUGUCUGAUGCCAUUCAGAUGCAGAAAGAGUGGAGCUUUGCAAAGACACAUCAUCUGCUCACGGAUCUGCACUGCAGGGUUUUGGCGACCCUGGGUCCAGAGGAGUCAGUUGGCCGUUUGCAGGAAGUCCUGGAGAUGCAGGAGGUUAACUGGCAACAUGUGCUCUCCUGUGUGUCUACCCUGGUCGUCUGCUUUCCCGAGGCACAGCAGUUGGUUAAAGGUUGGGUAGCCUCUUUGAUGGCCCGGGCCUUUGAGAGCUACCACCUAGACAGCAUGGUCACUGCGUUCCUGAUCGUGCGCCAGGCUACUCUGGAGGGCCCCUAUGUAUUCCCAUCCUAUGCAGAUUGGUUCAAGGAGUCCUUUGGGAGCUCACAUGGCUACCACAGCUGCAGCAAGAAAACACUGGUCUUCCUCUUCAAGUUCCUGUCUGACCUCGUGCCCUGGGAAGCCCCUCGGUACAUGCAGGUGCAUAUUUUCCACCCACCCCUGGUGCCAAGCAAGUACCACUCCCUCCUUACAGACUACAUCUCCUUGGCCAAGACAAGACUUGCUGACCUCAAGGUUUCCCUGGAGAAUGUGGGGCUCUACGAGGAUUUGUCAUCCCCUGGGGACAUUGCCGAGCGUGAGAGCCAAGCGGUGCAGGAUGUUAAGAAGGCCAUCAUGGUGUUUGAACAAACAGGGAAGAUCCCAAUGCCUGUCCUGGAGGCCAGCAUAUUCAGGAGGCCCUACUAUGUGUCACACUUCCUCCCCACGCUGCUUGCUCCGAGAGUGCUCCCAGAGGUUCCUGACCCCCGGGUGGCCUUGAUAGAGACCCUGAAGAGAGCAGAUAAGAUUCCCUCCUCGAUCUACGAUGCCUACCGGAAAGCCUGUGCCUCUGCUGAGAAGCAGCAGCCUGAAAAUGCCACCUCGGCUCAAAGGACAGAGGCCGACUGUGCCAAAGAGCCCCUGGGACUGCUCACAGCAGCACUGGAAGAGCUCAGAGCUUUAAUGACAGACCCGACCCAAUACAGUGUUAUUUCUGCUCAGGUGGCCGUGGUUUCUGAAAAACUAAAUGCUGUUCUGGGACACAGGAAUGAUGGUGGCAGCCUCCAGAGAGCAAAGAUUCAGCUCAGUGUCCUUCCUUCCACACUGCAGAAGCAGGACCAGGCGGUUGUGGAUCUCCUGCUGACAGCCUUCUGUCAGAACCUAAUGGCAGCCUCUAGCUUUGUGCCCCCAGAGAGGCAGAGCCCCUGGGCUGUCCUUUUCGUGAGGACCCUUUGUGGACACGUGCUUCUCCCUGCAGUUCUCACUCGGCUCCGCCAGCUGCUCCGCCACCAGGGCCAGAGCUUGAGCACCUCUCAUGUCCUGGGCUUGGCUGCUCUUGCUGUCCAUCUGGGCGAGUGCAGGUCCAUGCUUCCAGAGGUGGAUCCAGAUGUUCUUGCUCCUUCUGCCGGCAGCCUCUGUGUCCCUGACUUCUUAAACAGCCUCCUGACCUGCCGCACGAGGGACUCUCUGCUCUUCUGCAUGAACUUCUGCACAGCAGCGGUUUCUUACUGUUUGUGCAAGUUCUCUGCCCUGCGCAACUGUUUGUCUCCAGGUCUGAUCAAAAAGUUUCAGUUCGUUGUGUUAAGAUUGUUCCCAGAGGCCAGAGCACCUUGUGCUCCAGAGCAUGCAGCUUGCGUCCCCUGGAGACCUCUGUACCUUCCUUCUGCAGACUGGCAGCGUGCUGCGCUCUCUCUGUGGAGACGGGACAGCUUCCAAGAGCUCCUGAAGGACAAGGAAUUUUAUUUAACUUACAGAGAUUGGGUACAGCUGGAACUGGAAAUUCAACCUGAAGCGGAUGUUCUCUCAGACAUGGAAAGACAUGACUUCCAUCAAUGGGCAAUCUAUGAGCGCUACUUGCCAGCUCCGACGGCUUUGGGCGGCUGUGGUGGAGACCUGGAAGAGGCGUGCACAGUCCUUGUCAGCGAGAUCAUGGACUUCCACCAAAGUUCGAGGAGUUACAAUCACUCAGAGGACUCAGACCUGGUUCUUGGUGGCCGCACAGGAAACAAGGAUAUUCUUUCCAGGCUACAGGAGAUCGCUCUGGACUUGGAGCUGGAUCAAGGUUCUGCUGUGCCCCAUGGCUGUUCUACGCCGCAGAGUCACUUUCUGUUUCGGGUGUUCAGAAGACGGCUGCAGGCUCUGGCAAGGCCAGACAGCAUGGCUACCAGCCUCAGGAGACAACAAGAACUGCUCACAUGCAAACGGCUUCUCCUCUGCCUGCCUCCAUCUGUUCUCGUGGGUGGCCCCCAGGCCGGACAACCUAUCUCCCCCAACUGUGGAGAGUUCUUUAGCCUGGUCAACUCUGAGUUGAGAAACUUCUGUUGCCACGGCAGUGUCCUGACCUCUGACAUUACCAUCCACUUCUUCAGGGGGCUCCUUCGUGUGUGUCUCCGAAGUCAAGACCCAGCAUUGGUGGCCAACCAGACACUGACAGAAUGCCAGACUAAGUGUCCCGUGAUUCUGACUUCAGCACUGUUGUGGUGGUCGAGCCUGGAGCCAGUGCUGUGUGGUCGGUGGAUGAGAUGUUAUCAGAGCCCACUGCCUCGAGAGCUGCGGAGGCUCCAGGAGGCCCGGGAAUUUGCUAGCAAUUUCGCCUCCGCGUCAGCUUCCCCAGCACCCAGCCCCGCCUGGAUCGCAGCUGCUGCGCUGCACUUUGCGUGGAGAGGAGUUAGGAAGGAAGAUGUCACUGCACAUCUGCAAAGGCUGGACUGCCAAAGAGAGGAGCUGCUCAUCGCCCUCUUCUUCUUUUCCUUGAUGGGUCUACUCUCGUCCUACCUGACCCAACGGGACACUGCGGAGCAUCUGAAGGCUGUGGACAUCUGUGCCGAGGUCCUCACGUGCUUGGAAAGAAGGAAGGUGUCCUGGCUGGUGCUCUUCCAGUUGACAGAGAAAGAUGCCAAGCUGGGGCACCUCCUUCACUUGGCCCCAGAUCAGCACACCAGGCUGCUACCACUUGCUUUCUACAGUCUCCUCUCCUGCUUCAGUGAAGGGGCCGCUGUCAGGGAAGCAGCUUUCCUGCACGUUGCUGUUGACAUGUACCUCAAGCUGCUACAGCUCUUUGUGGAUGGGGAAACCAGGCUCCAAGGGCACUCCGAGUCUCAGGGCAGCCCUGUACAACUGAUAACAAAGGCACGUGUUUUUCUGCUGCAGCUAAUACCUCAGUGCCCAAAACAGUGCUUCUCCAACAUGACAGAGCUGCUGGCUGGUCGAGGAGACUGUGACCCUGAGGUGAGCAACGCCCUCCGGCAGAGGCAGCAGGCUGACCCCAGCUUUGACCUCUACCAGGAGCCUCAGCUGUUCUGACUGCACCCAUCUCAGCGCACCAGCCGGCACCUUUGUAAAUAAUUUAUUGCCAGCAGGACAUGGGGCUCUUGUUACACUAGAAAAUAGAUUACCAAUCUCCUUGAUUGCUCUAGUUAGGAAAAGAAAUAUUAAUUAUUCAUAAUCUGUGUCUGGCCUUAUUGUUCAGUAUCCAUAGGAAAAUAAAACUGCUGGUACCACAGCAGGUUGAAGUACACACCCUCAGCCCAAGAGAGGUGCCCUCCACCAUAUGGCUGCUGGCUCUGAGGUGGGGUGUAGUCUGGGGUCCAAUGAGCAAGCAGAACUACACCGGCAGGGCAGUGAGGACUGAGUGAAAGUGUCCUUAACCUCACGUCACCUGCUGAGUUCAAGCCGCUCAAGGCGCCCAGCCAGCCAGCGGCCUCUCAGGUAGGCUCCGGCUUCACAGCCUGACCCUCCAUGGUCCCAGAGGGGCUCAGAGGCCCAGGUGGCGGCUCUGCUUCCAGAGGCAGGGCUCUGUCCUGGGCCUGGGUCAGAGGAUGGACCAUGGACAUAUGCACGUUGAGGUUGUGGGCCUUUUCAAAGCGUCGGCCGCACUGGUCACAGGCGAAGUCCAGCUCAGUCUCUGCUUUGUGUUUGGUCAUGUGGUACUUGAGGGAUGCUCGUUGCCUGCACUGGAACCCACAGACCUCACACCUGGAGGGCAGAGGCAGGUGAGGUAAGCUGCACUUGUCCCAGUCACAGGCAGUGCCCAGCCCACACUUACUGCAGUGGCUUGGCUCCCGAGUGGCGCAUCUGGUGGACGAGAAGGUGCUUCCGCUGCUUGAAGGUCUGCCCGCACUCGUCACAGAUGUAAUUGCGGACCUCUGCAAGAGCAGAGCGGUGUGAGCAGCAGCCACCGCCGAUGCCCAGUCUGCUCCAGGAGAGGACGGUGACCACUGCUUUACACAGCACCGGGGACCUUUAAGAACCCAACCUUAUUUAAAACCAAAGACGAUUCUGAUAUGAAGAACUUCACUGAUAAAAGUUUCUAGCUAGUCGACGGUGGUGCACCAACCACUAAGUCCCAGGACUCGGGAAGCAGAGACAGGUGAUUCUCUUAAGUUCAAAGAUCGUCUGGUCUAGAGAGCGAGGUCUAGCACAGCCAGGACUACAGAGAAAAACCACUUUCCAAUAGACACUAGUUCAUUAAGAGAUUUCCAAGUUCCUCACAGCGCUGUUACACGGCUAGGUCUUCCCCACAGAAACUGUUUGCAUUUCAGACCUUUCUGUUUGCUUUUGAGACAAGAUCUCACUGCGUAGCCAUGGCUGGCCUUCCAGAGGACUCAGAGAGAUCCGUGCACCACCAUGCCCAGCCUGACCUUUGCGGGCACAGAUCUCUCUCUGGGAUUCACCCCAAAGUGAGCCCCAAACAGCGCAGAUAACGUGGUGGAGGGGAAGCGGGCUGAUGCACUGUGGGAAUCAGCUUCUCGAGCUACUCAACAGAAACUACAGCCACAUCAGGCAUGGUGGCACACGCCUGCAGUCUCGGUACUCAAUAGUUCAAGACCAGCCUCUGCUGUAGAUCAGAUUUGAGGCCAGCCAUUACAUGAAAACUCUCAAAAACAAAACUGUUGAGAAGGCUCAGCAGGUAGUCACUUGCCACCAAGACUAAUAACCUGAUUCAAAUCUCAGAUCUCAUGUGGUACGAGAGCCGAUAGCUACAAGUUCCACAUGCAUGCUGUGUGCACACAUGUGCUUUCUUUUACACCGUGGCCACUGCAGCACUAUGCACCAACUGUACUUGUUCCAACCGAUGCUGUCUACACAGCUAUAAAACACCUCUGACCUCUCAGCUAAAGAGUCUGUUUCACCUCUUUGUUUUUUGAAGCAGGAUUUCUCUGUGUAGACCAGGCUGGCCUCAGACUUAAGAACUCCUCCUGUGUCUGCCUCCCAAGUGCUGGGGUCAAAGGCGUGGGCUAUCACGGCCCCACGAAUGUUUCACCUCUGCAGAGAGCUGCUGCUGUGUCCACUAGUGACUGGCUACACAGCUUGAAGAUCUGGACCAAAGGUAGUUAGUCAUCAGGAGACAUGCCCAAAUGCGCUUAUCAAGGAAAAUCAAUAUAUAGCUGGGUUUCACCAUAAAACCAAGUAAAUGAUCCAUCAAUAAAAUGCCGAACGCUAAUGUAAAAA